CCGGUCUGCCUCCAGCAGAGAGAGCAGUGCGUGGUUGGAUGUGAGCGCCACCGACCUGUCUCUACUUCUAGAUCGAAGAUGGCGGUCUCGGUGUUCCCCGGCGUGCGGCUCCUCUCGAUCGGAGACGCGAAUGGAGACAUACAGCGACACUCAGAGCAGCAGCCUCUGCGGUUAGAAGUCAAAAGCACACAAGAUGCUGCCCUCAUCAAUCUCUCCAAUGGAGAGGAGGCGAGUGUGUUCAAGUGUUCAGUUUCCAGGGAGACGGAGUGCAGCCGCGUGGGGAAGCAGUCAUUCAUCAUCACACUGGGCUGCAACAGCGUCCUGCUGCAGUUCUCCUCACCUGCAGACUUUCAGUCCUUUUAUAACGUCCUGAAGAACAGUCGUGGGCAUCUUGGUGAGCGCUCAGUCUUCAGUGAAAGAACAGAGGAGUCCUCUGCUGUACAGUACUUCCAGUUUUAUGGCUACCUCUCCCAGCAACAGAACAUGAUGCAGGACUAUGUUCGGACAGGAACUUACCAACGGGCUAUUCUCCAGAACCACACCGACUUCAAGGAUAAGGUGGUGCUAGAUGUCGGUUGUGGUUCAGGGAUCCUCUCUUUCUUUGCAGCCCAAGCUGGAGCCAGGAAAGUCUAUGCUGUGGAGGCCAGCACCAUGGCACAGCAUGCCGAGGUGCUGGUGAACAGCAACCGUCUAGGGGAGCGUGUGGUCGUCAUCCCGGGGAAGGUGGAGGAGGUGACGCUGCCUGAGCAAGUUGACAUCAUCAUCUCGGAGCCCAUGGGCUACAUGUUGUUCAAUGAGCGCAUGCUGGAGAGCUACCUACAUGCCAAAAAGUUCCUCAAACCCAACGGUAAAAUGUUCCCAACUAUUGGUGAUGUCCACCUGGCCCCAUUCACAGACGAGCAGCUCUACAUGGAGCAGUUCACCAAGGCCAACUUCUGGUACCAGCCCUCCUUCCACGGUGUAGACCUCUCUGCCCUGCGGGGGGCAGCAGUGGAUGAGUAUUUCCGUCAGCCAAUUGUGGACACAUUUGAUAUCCGUAUUCUGAUGGCUAAGUCGGUCAAACACACAGUCAACUUCUUGGAGACCAAAGAAGAGGAUCUCUACAGGAUAGAGAUUCCCUUUAAGUUCCACAUGAUGCACUCAGGCCUGGUGCAUGGCCUGGCUUUCUGGUUUGACGUGGCGUUUAUGGGAUCAGUGAUGACAGUAUGGCUGUCCACAGCACCCACAGAGCCUCUCACCCACUGGUACCAGGUGCGCUGUCUCCUGCAGUCUCCCCUCUUCACCAAGGCUGGAGAUACGCUGUCCGGCACUGCACUGCUGGUGGCCAACAAGAGACAAAGCUACGACAUCAGUAUUGUUGCCCAGGUGGAUCAGACAGGAUCAAAGUCCAGCAAUCUCCUGGACUUGAAGAACCCCUUUUUCAGGUACACAGGCUCCACCCCAAACCCCCCUCCUGGCUCACACUACACCUCCCCAUCCGAGAACAUGUGGAACACGGGUUCGGCCUACAGCAUGAGUCAGGGGAUGGCUGUAUCAGGGAUGCCUGCAGCUUAUGACCUCAGUACAGUCAUCGGCAGCGGCCCGUCAGUGUCUCACAACAACCUCAUCCCCCUGGUGAACACAGGAAUUGUAAACCACACCCACUCCAGGAUGGGCUCCAUCAUGAGCACAGGAAUUGUCCAGGGAGCCACUACGGGCCAGUCAGGCCCCAGCAGCAGCGGUACUUACUAUCCCGUCACCAACCAGUUCACCAUGGGGGGUGCUGCCAUCUCCAUGGCCUCACCUAUGGUCAUCCCCAGCAACACCAUGCAUUACGGCAGUUAAGACGAAGACCUCACAAAGACCUCUUCGUCCUCCCCGCCCCCGCAUGACAAGAGAUCCCCAACCCCUCCCAGUGGAGCCCCACAGUCCGCCCCCACCCUUCAAACCCUGACUGAUCCACCAACCGCAGCCAAAACCAAUAUACCAAAACCAGUGCUGUGCUGGCACUUCAUCAUUUUGUUCGUCAUCCUCAUUCUACUCUGUUCAGUCCAUCACUAAAUGAACGGUCAAACGUCCUUGUAUCCGUCCAGACUCGUCUUGUUAACAGAUGAAACCUCUUCCCCUCCCCCUCUUUGAUCCAUUGGGAUUGUAACACGUGCACAGCUGAGAUGCACUGCCGUUAUCAUCUAUCCUCUUCCUGGGUUUCCACCCUCCUCCCUCAAUAUGUAUCUCAAUCCCUCCUCUCCCCUUCCUAUGGCCGUUUUUUAAAUGUGUCAUGAUGACCCAGAAGUGUUUCUUCAAACCCUUCCUUCCCUAAAAAUGAACUCGCUGCCAGAUACCAGCAUCAGUCCGUUCCUACAAUUCUCCACACCUGUUUAUCAAACUGAAGCUUUUCAUUUGUACAGUAGGACAUUUUCAUCGUCAACACUCAUCUCUGGGCUGCCAUCUUGGCUUUUCAUAUCUGAUCCAAUCUUCAAGGCCCCUCCGCACUUCUCUCAAGAGACUGACUCAUGCCACAAAACAGUUCCUUUAAAUCACAAAACAACAUAUUUUCCCUGCUUGCCACUAGUCAGUCUACUCAUGCAGACAGUUUUGGUUUUAGACAGAUGCAGAUUUAUCAGAGAACUGAAACCAUCUACAUGCCUAGGCACCCUAGUAGAAAAUAUGCUUUUUUUUGUGAUUUGGACAAACUGACCCUCUAAGUUCUGCUUAUUACCCAAUGUGUGGUUCAACUGAAAAGCAGUGGUGAAGCACUAGGAUUCACCUAAACAUCAAGAUUUGGGAGAAUGGCUUGGUCACCUUCCAUGCUGAGUAAUGAGAUAAAUAGGCACUGUAAUCAUCUGUGUGUCUGCUGUGAUUGUAUGUUCCAGUCCUCUUUGCUAUUAUUUCAGCAUACACUGCAUUGACUGGAAGUGGGCUCCAUGCUAGCAUGUUGGCGUACAUCACAUCAAUAGUUAGCCGAUAGUUAGCCUCAUGGUAACACAUGGUGAGAUGCUGUUGCGUAAAGGAACAGAUCUGAUAUUUAUACUGUAUUUUUAAAGCUGCAUGAAUUGAUAUUUUUGACCACUUGGGGACAGGAGAACAAGAUGUAAACACAGCACUGAUAUAUCACCUCAUAAAGUUGUUACGGUGAACGUGCUAGCAAACAGUUAUUUACUCAUCUAGCACACAUGGAGAUAUAUUCUGAUCACCAGACAAACGUAAGUCCAAUAUUCACCCUCCUUUGAGCUUUGUUUUGGUCUCCAACUCCUGAGAAAAAUAUCUGGCUCUUCAGCUAGUAAAUGCGCUUCUAUGUUCACCAGAUAGUUGAUAACUUUUUCUAUCUGCUGUUUGGUGCUAGGCAGGUAGCGUACAGUGGGUUUAUCAGAGCUUUUUCACUGAGAACAACUGCCUGCUUCUGAUGGAAACAAGGUUGAUGAAAGUGCUGAGUGAACCAAAACAGUACAUUUGUGGGCCGUAUCAAAACAACGAGCUGAAAGAUGCUAAAAAAGCUACAUAGAGCUGAGGGGAACUGCAGUGUUUGGUGAUAAUUUUCUUUGGGUUCAUUACUACGAGUGACACCUUUCACAUUACACAGUCAUUUGAUCCGUUGUUAAUCUAAAAAUAUUGAUUAGAGCAGCUUUAAAUAUGCUUGUACAUCUUACCCGUGAUGUGGUUAGCCUAGCUAAGCUCAAUGGCUAGAAGAAAUAUACACCUCCCAAAAACUUUAAAGCUGUCUUAAGCUUUAUAUAUUGUUUAUGUAAUAUGUAAAAAUAAGACUGUAAAAGAGAAGUUUUCGGGGCAGUAUACCAGAGGCAUUUUUUGACUAACGACAGCUGGGUGCCAUGUCUGCACGCAGCAUCUCGAAAGUCCUGUCCUCAUACUGGGGUUGCCAGGUUUGAGCACCGUCCAAAGUGAGCAGAAAGCCAGGUGACACUUUUUAUCUUCUCUUACAACAAAUUAAUAAAAGGAGUUGUUGGAAGGUUUAUUUUGUCUGACUUUUGAAAGAGCUAGGCUAACCUUGCCACAAACCUUAGCACUGAGAUAUAUGUCUGUACUAGUUUACCUACUGAAAUUGGAUUGGGUCUUUUCAUCUGUGGGUUUGAUGGCAAACAAGCGUAUUUCCUAAAAUGUUGGCGCUGCUACAGGUUAUAAUUCUCUCACUUCUGAGGUAGGGUUAUGGCCUCAGAAUGCUUCAACUAGGUCGUAUGAUGUGUUGUAUGAUCACAUCUAAAGGGGUAAGUGUUUAUAGCUGUUCUGAAUGGCCACACCUGUCAUAGCCUCCUUGUGGCUGCAUCCCACUCCCUCCCUGAUCACUGUCUUUGUGGUUUCAACGUACUGAAUCGUACAACACUUUCAGUCUCUCCUUAAAAGCAUUCUUGGUGUUGUCCUUAGUUGUACACACAAAAAGUGACAGUAGUAGUUGUGUGAAUAUAGAGAAGUUCAAACCCGGUUUUUGUGUGUUUUUGAUACUCAACAUGGAAGGUGACCAAUGGGACAAUCUGCCUAAAACUUUGUCUCUUUGUUAAAGCUACUCCUGUAAACCUGAAACACGCCUUCUGCUGCUCCCAUUGCCUGUUGUCUUCACCCAAUACCCAGUUUUUAGCUGAGAGGACAUUGCAGCAGCUCCUCCCCAGCCAGUCUUUCAGUGAGCCAGAUUGCUCUGGCAGUUGGAAGAGGAAGAUUAGGAGAACGCACCACUAAGGACCAAUGACCCAGGUGGCAGCCAGCUGGCUGCCGGAAUAAGAAAAGCUGUGCUGGAUUGGCAGCGUCCUAGUUUACAUCCUCGCUUUUUCCCCUGCUUCUCCUCCCAACCUCCUUUGAGACUGAGAGACUGUCACAAUGAGACUUCAAUGUCGAGGCGUGGGAGACAGGGCCACCUCCCUCCUCGUCUGUUCACUAUGUAUGACCUCCAACAUAUCAUGCCCCCAACACACCCGACACCCUCAUCCCCUUUUAUCAGUCAAGGAGAGAAAGACUGACACAUGUAUGCAUUGCUUCCAGUGUCACAGCUGUUGGACUUGGUUUAUUUGGAAUUUAUGAGUUAGCAAGUUUUAAGAGAGCUGAGAAAAAAAUGUCUCUUUGUAGGAUUAACCUUUUUUAUCUUUAUUUUGUUUUUUCUUUCACAAAAAAACAACAAACAAUGAAAAAAAGAGAGCAAAUUAAAUGUGGUGGAGAUGUUCCAAAACCAUCCUGGAAUCAGGUGUUGUAGUACUUUAAUUUGUUCCCUCUAGUUUGUUAAAUAGACUGUGGACACACCAGAUGUUUACCAUGUGGUAGCUAGCCUAUAGCGAUAUGUCCCUUUUGUCAUGGAAUCAUUGCUCUGUGUAGUCAAUAGUGGCAUCCACUUUUAUCAUGGAAAAGUGUAUGAGGAAGACUGUGUGUCAUGUUCUGUCAUUUCUGUGUGUUGAGCAACCAGUAAUAACACCUUUCUCACUGUCUGA